AUGUGGAAGCCGAGGGGGUCCCCAGGUGGCGAGGACUUUUAUGGCGAAUGCUCGCCGUUGGAGCAUCAGCCCUCAGCUCCUCUUCCCUGGUGGAGGGAUGGGCCUCAGAUUGUUAUCAAGAGCAACGCCCGCACUAUUACACUCGUCGUGUCGUUCCGCCUGGGGGAGAAGCUCUUCUCCGGGGUCCUCAUGGAUCUGUCCAAAAGGUUUGGGCCCCACGGGAUCCCUGUGACAGUAUUUCCCAAAAGGGAAUAUAAGGAUAAGCCGGAAGCCAUGCAGCUCCAAAGUAAUACAUUCCAAGAAGGGACAGAAGUCAAGUGUGAAGUGAAUGGUGCUGUUCCCGACGACCCUUCUCCUGUCCCGCCACCUGAGCCGAGCUUGGCUGAAAACCUGUGGACUUCCAAACCACCACCACUCUUCCAUGAAGGAGCACCUUACCCUCCCCCUUUGUUUAUCAGGGACACAUAUAACCAAUCGAUACCUCAGCCACCUCCUCGGAAAAUUAAGCGCCCCAAACGAAAAAUGUACAGGGAAGAAUCUACUUCAAUAAUGAAUGCUAUUAAACUACGACCCAGGCAAGUCCUGUGUGACAAAUGUAAAAACAGUGUUGUUGCUGAAAAAAAAGAAAUUAGAAAAGGUAGUAGUGCAAGUGACUCUUCUAAAUAUGAAGAUAGAAAACGGAGAAAUGAAAGCGUAACUACUGUGAACAAAAAACUGAAAGCUGACCAUAAAGUGGAUGGGAAAAACCAAAAUGAAAGCCAGAAAAGAAAUGCUGUGGUUAAGGUUUCAAAUAUUGCUCACAGCAGAGGUAGAGUAGUCAAAGUUCCUGCUCAGGCGAAUACAUCAAAAGCUCAGUUAAGUACUAAAAAAGUGCUCCAGAGUAAGAACAUGGAUCAUGCAAAAGCUCGGGAAGUGUUGAAAAUUGCCAAAGAAAAGGCACAAAAGAAGCAAAGUGAAACCUCUGCAUCCAGAAAUGCACAUUCAAAAGUCCAUUUCACACGUCGAUAUCAGAAUCCUAGCUCAGGUUCCCUUCCACCCCGGGUUCGUUUAAAACCACAGAGGUACAGGAAUGAAGAAAAUGACUCUUCUCUGAAGACGGGACUUGAGAAAAUGCGGAGUGGCAAGCUGGCACCUAAGCCCCAGUCUCGUUGCACCUCUACCCGCUCAGCAGGUGAGGCCCCUUCAGAAAAUCAGAGUCCCUCAGCAGGCCCUGAAGAGGCCCCCAGUGAGGUUCAGGACACAAAUGAAGUGCUUGUGCCUGGUGAGCAGGAACCACAGACACUGGGCAAAAAGGGCAGCAAAAGCAAUCUCUCUGUUUACAUGACCCUAAAUCAAAAGAAAUCUGACUCUUCCAGUGCGUCAGUGUGUAGCGUUGAUAGCACAGAUGAUUUGAAAUCCUCCAACUCUGAGUGUAGUUCUUCUGAAAGCUUUGAUUUUCCUCCAGGCAGUAUGCAUGCACCUUCCACCUCCUCCACAUCCUCUUCUUCAAAGGAAGAGAAAAAGCUCAGUAAUUCCUUGAAAAUGAAAGUCUUUUCCAAAAACGUCUCUAAAUGCGUCACACCAGAUGGCAGGACCAUCUGUGUAGGGGACAUUGUUUGGGCCAAGAUAUAUGGCUUCCCUUGGUGGCCAGCCCGUAUUCUUACUAUAACUGUGAGUCGGAAAGAUAACGGCCUCUUAGUUCGACAGGAGGCCCGUAUUUCAUGGUUCGGGUCUCCAACAACAUCUUUCCUUGCUCUAUCGCAACUGUCCCCCUUUUUAGAAAACUUCCAGUCACGCUUUAAUAAGAAGAGAAAGGGCCUAUAUCGCAAGGCUAUCACAGAGGCAGCUAAGGCUGCCAAGCAGCUGACCCCGGAAGUACGGGCUCUGUUGACUCAAUUUGAAACGUGAACACGGACAGUAAGCACAAAGACAUUAGCAGACUGCUGGUUUCAUGGACCUGUACCACAGUGACACAGAGAACACCAGAGCACCAGGAUUGAAUGAAAUUGGAGACUCAGAUUUUUAAAGCUGCACUAAGAAGUAAAUGUUCAGGCAGUGGUUGAAACCAACAGUCUCUAAAGGGCACCUGUAAAUUGUGCUAUAGUAAACCGAAGAAAAGGUAUUAGGGGAAUGUUUUCUAAAACAAACUAAACUAUUGCAAUAAAUUAUGCAUGAGAUGAGGAGAAAAGUGAUGUGAAAUACGCACAGAAGAACUCAUUUUAUGUGCGAAGACAGUUCUUUUGAUUGUGAAGUUCUUAUCAGGAGUUUGGACAGACCUAAAAGGCAUGGGAUGAUGGCAGAAAUGUUGAAUUAUCUUUCAUACUAAAAUUUUGUUCUUUCUCCAAGGUUUAUGUUACUCAGUUCAGAUAUGAGCAAAGGUAUUUCUAAAAUGACUCGCCUGUGAAACCAGUGGUCACAUGUGCUGAGACCAGUGUUUCCCUUCAGGGUGCCCCUGGAAACGACAGGAAAGAUUUAACAUCAUCCUAAAAGGAUGGUAAGGUACCCCCACCCCACCCACCCUGAAAAUUUGGACCUUUCUUUCAUAAAGCAGGGCUGUAUUACCUUCAUACAUAUUAAGAUGUAUUUAUUUGCCACCAGUAUUUUACCAUUUUGUGCACAUUUUCAUAACCCCAUUCUUUCAAAUUCUGAGUCAGAGUAGAUAGGCUAGUGUUGAUCUCAGAGUGGUGUAUAUUCUGAGAUCUAGUUCUGAAAUCUACUGAGCUGAAAAGGCAUUUACUCUUCCUAUCGUUAAUUUUAUUUAGAUCCCAAAAGGUGAAAAAUCUGAAUUCUGAUGUGGCGCUCUCCCUCCAGAGAGCUCCUCUUUCUGUCUAAGUGCAAGAAAUUCUUACAGGUGUCAGGUGGGGCUUGUGCCUGGGGAACUGGCAGCAGAAACAGACCCAUAAAAGAUGGUGUCAGGCUUUUCAUGAAUUCUUACCUUUGGAAAAUACGUAUUAUAAAAACCCUUAAUUUUUCUUUUUUAAUGAGCAGAGAUAACCAGAUUGACCUGUUAGUGCUACAUUUUUAAGGUAUUUUAUAUUUGAUGGUGCCGUACUUUUAAUAAUAAAUACUGAGGUUUUUUAGUGGCAAUACCAAUUUAUUUUUUAAACCUGAAAGAUAAUCCUUAUUGAUUACUUAAUACAAAAAAAAAAA